ACACUAUAAAUAGAGAGACCAUUCUUCACCUUCCUCUCAAGCCUCAGGUAUCCAAAGCCCCAACUCCACACCACCUCCGGCAGCGCCGUGUGCUUUCGUGAGGUUGGCGAGCCUCCUCGCGGUCCAUUCUCGGCGCUCGGACGAGGCGAAGAGUGUUAGGGUUUUGUAGAGAGAGAGAGAGAGAGAGAGAGAGAGGUUUCUAGAGAGAUAUAGAGAGAUGGCUCCUUUGCCUUUAAACCACCCUUUGGUCCUCAUCUUUGGCAUCCUAGGUAACUUCAUCUCAUGUGUGGUGUAUUUAAGUCCAGUGCCCACAUUUUACCGCAUUUAUUGGAAGAAAUCGACCGAAGGGUUCCAAUCGGUGCCCUACGUCGUCGCAUUAUUCAGUGCCAUGCUGUGGAUAUUUUACGCGCUCGUUAAAUCGAACGAAGGCCUCCUCAUCAGCAUCAACUCGUUCGGAUGCCUCAUCGAGACGGUGUACAUCGUCAUGUAUCUCGUUUACGCUCCAAAGAGUGCCAAAAUUUUUACGGUAAAAAUACUACUAGUUUUGAACGUCGGAGUCUUUGCUUUGAUUCUUCUUCUUACUCUCCUCCUAUCGAAGGGCUCCGAUCGAGUUCACAUUCUCGGUUGGGUCUGCGUGGGCUUCUCCGUGAGCGUUUUCGCCGCACCACUAAGUAUCAUUAGGCUUGUAAUUCGUACGAAGAGUGUCGAGUUCAUGCCGUUCUCGCUUUCAUUCUCCCUCACAUUGAGCGCCGUUGUUUGGUUCGGAUAUGGUUUGCUAACGAAGGAUAAAUACGUCGCGAUACCAAACAUAUUAGGGUUUCUCUUUGGUAUCAUGCAAAUGGUGCUCUACAUAGCCUACAAGAACAAGAGGCCCAUGAUAGAAGAGUACAAGUUGCCCGAGCAAGUUGUCGAGAUCGUGAAGCUAAGCGUGACGGCCGAGAGAGGGUCAGAGGUUCAUCCGAUUGACUUGAAACCGCAACAUGCAUGCGGUGAAGGCCCAGAGGCGGGAGGUGGUCGAAAGGAGUACGAGCAAGCAGUAGACGACAGCAGCAGUGGCGACGGUGGUAGUGGCGAGAAGGACAUAGAAGCCCUUGAGAAGGGUGAGAUGGGUCAUGUUGAAGUGUAAUGGUUAGCACAAUGAAACCCUAAGAGAGAGAGAGAGAGAGAGAGAUACAUGUGUAAUAAAUAUGGAUCAAGAGCUACAUAUAAAUAAGGAGACUUAAAAUACUUAUUAGAUAGGCUACACUCACUCUCUCUCUC